AGCUCCCAGCCUUGAGAAGAGCACUCUGUUCCUGGGCCUGAAGAUUUUUGAAACAUUAAUUACAUAAUUUAUAGUAGUGCUUUCUUCUAUGAUGUCUGAAGAAGUGACUUACGCGACACUCAUGUUUCAGGAUUCUGUUGGAGAGAGAAAUAACCGCGAUAGAAAUUACCUAAGGAAUAGAGAGUAUCCAGCUCCUUCCCCCAUAUGGCGUCAGGCUGCCCUGAGUCUGCUUACUCUUUGUCUGCUGCUGCUGAUUGGGCUAGUGACCUUAGGUAUUAUGUUUUUGCAGACAUCUAAUGAAAUUAACUCAGAUUCAGAGAAAUUAAAUCAACUUCAAAAAAUCAUCCACUACCAGCAGAAUAACUUAUCCCAGCAGCUGAGCAACUAUAGAAGCUUUCCCACAGAGGAGAAAUUUCUCAAAUCACAGAUUUCCAGUCUAUUGAGGAGACAGGAACAAAUGGCCAUCAAACUCUGCCAAGAGCUGAUCAUUCACACUUCAGACCACAAAUGUAAUCCUUGUCCUAAAAUGUGGCAAUGGUACCAACACAGCUGCUAUUAUUUUGCAACAAAUGAGGAGAAUACCUGGACUAACAGUAGAAAACACUGCAUGGACAAGAACUCCACCUUGAUGAAGAUAGAUAGUUUGGAGGAAAAGGAUUUUCUGAAGUCACAGCCAUUACCCACACUCUCUUUCUUCUGGUUGGGCUUAUCAUGGGAUCCAUCUGGAAGGAACUGGCUAUGGGAGGAUGGCUCUGUCCCCUCUCCAUCCUUAUUCAGCACUAAAGAGUAUGCCCAGAUCAAUGGAUCCAAAGGUUGUGCCUAUUUUCAAAAAGGAAAUAUUUAUAUUUCUCGCUGCAGUGCUGAGAUAUCUUGGAUUUGUGAAAAGAUGGCUGCGUUAGUGAAAAUUGAAGAUUUGGAUUAAUAUACUUCUUCCAAAUUCACCAAGAUGUAAGGGACUUGUGGUUAAAUUCAUGUGAAGAAAGAGAAAGCUACUCUACUAGAGCCAAAAACAAAUGAAAAAAAAAUGACUGUGUAUUUAAACUACCAGGCAAAUAAACUUCACAGAACAUUUUCCA